AUGGAGGAGGCCGCCAGGCUCAACGCCUUGCAGGCGGCGCCCCUGCCAGCGGGGUGCGCGCGGGCUGGGGCCGCGACUGGGGCCGCCCAGAGCGCCGCAGCGGCAGCGCGCGCGGCGGCGGCGGCCCGCGCCGCUGAGGCCGCUCAGGCGGAGGCCUCUGCUGCGGCCGCGGACGCGGCUGCCGCGGGUGCGGCAGGCGCUGCGCGCGAAGCCGCGCUGGGCGAGGCGCCAGUCUGCGCGAAGUCGCAGCCGGCUGGCGAACGGCUGGCGGAGUACGAGCGGAGGGCCGCCGAGGCAGCCGCCCGGAAGGGCGCCGCCGGGGGGGGCGCCGCGCGAGAGGCGCCAGCAGAAGCCGCCCCGGCCGACCUGGCCGCCGAGAAGGGCACCGAGGAGAAGAAGGACCCACGGGACUGA